CGAUAUCGUUCUCGAAUAGCCUCGUCUUUCUCCCAACUCUUCAUCUUUAUCUUUUCUUGUCAAAUUAAGGUAGCUACAGAUUUUGAGUGAUAAAGCUGUGAUUAGUAAAGGCUGUUGGUAUAAACAAAGUAAAGUGGUGUUAAGAGUAAUCAAAAGUGAUGCAGCCACGCAGUUAUGCCUUUGGGAGGGUGGAUGAGGCCACACACCCUGAUUCCAUUCGUGCCACCAUAUCCGAGUUCCUUUCUACCUUGAUUUUCGUCUUUGCAGGGGAAGGCUCUGUUCUUGCUCUUGAUAAAUUGUACCCAGAUACAGCUUUAGGAGCGUCAAGAUUGAUAGCCAUCGCACUGGCGCAUGCAUUUUCACUGUUUGCAGCUAUAGCAUCGAGCAUGAACGUGUCGGGCGGUCAUGUUAACCCAGCGGUCACCUUUGGUGCUCUUGUGGGUGGCAGAGUUAGCGUCCUUCGUGCCGUCUACUAUUGGAUUGCUCAGCUGCUAGGUGCUGUCGUUGCCUCUGCCUUGUUGAGGCUUGCUACUGAUGGCUUGAGGCCAGUGGGAUUCGCAGUAGCAUCAGGAGUUGGCAGCGGGAAUGCACUUGUGAUGGAAAUAGUGAUGACAUUUGGGCUGGUCUACACUGUUUAUGCAACUGCCAUUGAUCCAAAGAGGGGUAGUUUAGGCAUUAUUGCACCUCUUGCCAUUGCUUUCAUAGUUGGAGCCAAUAUACUUGUGGGUGGGCCUUUUGAAGGAGCGUCCAUGAAUCCAGCAAGGGCUUUUGGGCCUGCUUUAGUGGGCUGGAGGUGGAGAAACCACUGGAUCUACUGGUUGGGCCCAUUCAUUGGUGCAGCUAUAGCUGGACUUAUCUAUGAGUUUGGGCUUAUACAAUCUCAUGAAGCUCCGGUCCAUACUCACCAUCAGCCUUUGGCUCCAGAAGAUUACUAAACGUGUUAGCACAUUUGUUGAAGAUUUGUGCUUUACUUUGAGACUCGUUUUGUUUGUGAAGUUUGUUUGUGUCAAGUUGUUUUGUUUGCUUCUUCAAAUCCCCCUUCUUUAAUGUAUGUAUUUGUAUGGAGACUUGUCCAAUUUAAGUUGUAUACAUUUUGUAAGCUUCUAAAUAACAACGCAAUGUUGCUAGUAGUA